AUGGGAGUGUUCACCUUCGUGUGCAGAGCUUCCGGAGACGACUGGUCGGCGAAGCAGCUUAACGGCGAGCUGGAGGCUUCCGCCGCAUCCACUUUCGAGCUCCAGCGUAAGCUCGUUCAAGCCGCUCUCUCCUCCGACUCGUCCGGCGCCGUCCAGUCUUCCUUCUCUCACGUCACUCCUUCAUCUGGCGUGUUUCAGGUGAUCAUCGGUGGCGUAGGUGGUGGUGGCUUUAUUGGAGGAGGUGGCGGCGCUGCACCGGCAGCCUCUGGUGGUGGUGCGGCUGCUGAAGCACCUCCGGCCGAGGAGAAGAAGGAAGAGAAGGAGGAGAGUGAUGAUGACAUGGGAUUCUCACUUUUCGAUUAG